UAUAUCAGAUAGAAAUUGAAAAAAUAAAAAUAGAGCCAUGGGAGAAGUAGUUGAUCCAUCAUUCAUUCAAUCAAUCGAACACAGACCAAACCUCGACCCAAUCGAAGCCCAAGGCAUACCCAUCAUCGAUCUCUCUCCGGCGAAUUCUCCGACCGACGCUCUUGUGGCGGCGAUCGGCGAAGCAAGUCAAAAGUGGGGAUUUUUUCAGGUGAUAAAUCACGGUGUACCGGCGGAAACACGCAGAAAGCUGGAAUGGGCGUCGAGGGAAUUCUUCAGUCUAUCGAAAGAGGAGAAAUUGAAGGUGAAAAGAGACGAUUUGAAUCCUCAGGGGUAUUACGAUGCAGAGUUAACAAAGAAUGUUAGAGAUUGGAAAGAAGUGUUUGAUUUCACUACCAAGGAACCAACCAUCAUCCCUAAUGAUUCUCAUUUCAUUCAUCUUGUCAAUCGCUGGCCUCAACAUCCUCCCAAUUUCAGGGAGAUAUUUGAGGAAUAUACAAGGGAAGUUGAGAAAUUGGCCUACAAACUAUUGGAACUAAUUAGUUUGAGCUUGGGUUUGGCAAAAGAUCGGUUGAAUGGUUUCUUUAGCGAUAAACAGACAAGUUUCAUUAGGCUUAACCAUUAUCCUCCUUGCCCAUUUCCCGACCUAGCUCUUGGUGUGGGUCGGCAUAAGGAUGGUGGAGCCUUGACUAUUCUUGCUCAAGAUAACGUCGCAGGAUUGGAGGUCAAACGUAAGACCGACGGUGAAUGGAUUCGUGUGAAGCCCGACGUUGAUUCUUAUAUCAUCAACAUUGGCGACAUUAUUCAGGUUUGGAGCAAUGAUAAAUACGAGAGUGUUGAACAUAGGGUGAUAGUGAACAUGGAGAAAGAGAGAUUCUCGAUGCCAUUCUUCUUCAACCCUGGCCACCACAUAAAUGUGGUGCCACUAGAGGAGGAGAUAUCGUUGGAUAAUCCGGUGAGGUACAAAGCAUACAAUUGGGGAAAGUUCUUUGCAACUCGAAAGAUGAGCAAUUUCGUGAAGCUUAAAGUUGAAAAUAUUCAGAUUUCUCAGUUUAAGAUAGUGGAGGGUGCUUGAUAAUCUUCUUUAGUUGUAUAAUAUCCUAAAUAAGUGUGGGUGGUUUGGAGGGCGAAUGUGUGAUAUGUUUGUUUAAAA